AUGACUGGGUCAGAUCAGAAUAGUGAUCUCGCGAAAGAUCAGGCGAACGAACAAACUGGCAGCACUGCGGAGAAGAGAAACGCCUUUACAGAGCUUCUCUCGUCAAGAAAAAAGCAGGCAAAGUCAACACCUGAAAUUACCCGGACGAAAAACACGCCGCGUUCCGAAAACGCUUUCAGAAGUGGACGUGACGGUCUAGGAGCAUACAUCGCAAAGCCUGAGACCUAUCCGUCCAACGUGGUAGUAAACCACAAUGAAGACUUCGUCGCAAUCUAUGAUAUGUUCCCAAAAUCAUCGCUUCACCUAUUGCUACUCCCUCGCGAUCCAACAAAAACCCGUCUGCACCCUUUCGAUGCCUUUGAAGACGCCGAAUUUCUCACCAAGGUCCGAACCGAGGUAUACAAGUUGCGCACUCUAGCUGCCGCUGAGUUGAGGCGGAAAUACGGCAAGGACUCUGCACAGGAGCAAGCUCGGCAGGCUGCUCUUAUUGCUGAUCCAGCACCAGAAGAACUGCCCACGGGUCGAGACUGGGAGAAGGAGAUUAUGUGUGGAGUGCACGCCGUACCUUCGAUGAACCAUCUACAUGUGCAUGUCAUUGCUGUGGAUCGGUAUAGCGAGCGACUCAAGCACCGGAAGCACUACAAUAGCUUUGCGACACCGUUCUUUGUUCCCAUUGAAGACUUUCCGCUGGCUGAAGAUGAUGUGCGAAGGCAUCCUACGCGAGAAGGGUAUCUAAAGAGAGACUUUGUCUGCUGGCGCUGUGGAGAGAAGUUCGGUAACAAGUUCACGCAGCUGAAGGAACAUCUAGAACGGGAAUUCGAGGAAUGGAGAAGAUUGUGA